CGGAAGUCAUACUCUGUUUGUUUACAAAAUCGAAAUCGUGACAAGCCAAGCCUAUUCACUAAUUCAGCAAUUGUGUCAUUGCUAACUUUGGAUUUUUGUUCUUUGAGUUGUUGAAAAUUUCAUUACAUUUAGAUAAAUUGAAGUAGCAACAAGCUUAAAUGAAUAAUUAUCCAUCUUUGAACCGUAUCUUAUGUGUAACAUUACAGGUUUAAAAAAUUAGGAGUCAUUUUAUACUAGAAUGAAGUUCAAAACUGUUCUGGAAGGACAGGAGGCAGUAAUCUUGAACUACCUUGGAGAGGGAAGACUGGUCAAGGGACCUCAAAGGGUCUUUUUAUUCAGAGAAAGAUUGCAAUACUUGAAGAAACACACAGCAGAUCCUUAUCAAUACAUAGUUGUUAAAGACAGAGAUGGACUAGUUCAACAUAAGCCUGGACCAUGCUUUGUUUUCAACAACCCCCUAUUGUAUGAAUCUGUGACCGUGAAAGAAAGCACCAAGAUCGAUGCCAACCAUCUGAUUGUUGUGUACAAACGUCUGAAAGAAUCAGAUGUAGAGAGAAGAGUUGUUCAGGGACCCACUGUGUUUGUGCCAGAGGCUGAAGAAUGGAUUCAUACGUUUACAUGGCAUGGAACAGAUCCCCUGGAGAAGACCAGGAUGAUCCCGGGGCAAAGUGUAUUUCAAAAGCUGGCCGUCAUUCCAGAUCAGUUCUACUACAAUGUCAAGGAUGUGAGAACACAAGAUGACACCAUGAUAACUGUAAAACUAAUGCUGUUUUAUGAACUGAAAGAUGUGACCAAAAUGCUCAACACCACAACAGAUCCUAUAGCAGAUAUGAUAAAUGCUGUAUGUGCAGAUGUCAUUGCUUUUGCUGGGAAAGUUUCGUUUGAAGAGUUUCUGAAUCGGACCCAGAUCCUGAGUGAUAUUUCAACCUUCCCCCAACUGACCCAGCGGGCUGACAAGAUCGGGUACAGCAUUCAGAAGGUUGUCUUCAGGGGCUACCAUGCCAGUGAUAGUCUCCAGGCAAUGCAGAAUGCUGCAAUCGAAUCACGAACACAACUUCGACUAGAAUCAGAGAUUGAGGAACAGAAAGCUAAACUUGCUGACUUUAAGCUUUCUAAAGAACAAGAGAGAACCAAACUAGUUCAUGACAUGGAGAAGACCAAACAAGAUCAUAAACAAAAGAAAGCUGAGUUAGAGCAGCAACACAAACUGGAAAUGAGACAAAUUGAACACCGCAACCUGUUAGAGACAACUGCUCUCUUCACAAAGGCAAAUCAAGAAUUGAAUGCAGCAGAUAAGGCUUGGGAUUGUGAAUUCUUGGAGAAAUUAAAUGAUAUGAAUGUUAACUUAACUGAUUAUCUCAACACCAAGAAUGGUCCCCAAAUCACUGAGGAAAUAAGAGUUGUUACCACAGACACCGACUGGAUAAAAGCAAGCUAAGACAUCAGGUUUAAUUUAACAUAAAAUGUGGAAAAAGUUUGAUUUAAAAGAAGUUUCAUUUACAAAAACCUCAAAGGGAUAUUUAAAAUUUUAGAUUUGGCAUUUCUAUCAAAAGGAAUGUUAAGAUUACUGAUAUGUUUUGUAAGAAAACUUCAUUUUAAUUGUUGUUUAAAAAUAAGACACUUUAUUAGAUUAUGAUGGUGCUCCAUUUUGGAGACGGAUUCAUGAUACUUAAAAUUGUAUUUAACACUAUUUAGUUUGAAUAAAACGAUCAUGUUUAUAAUGAGAUUUUAUUUGUUAUGUAAUUUUAUCCUGUUCUUUUUUAUAUAUCACUUUAUAAGUUAUGCAUUUUUUCUAUGCAUUUUUAUUUCACAGAAUCUUUUUACAAUUAGUUUUUGAGAAAUCCACAUCAAUGAUAUGAUAAUGCAACAUCAGUAUCAAAAUUGUCUUCUUUAAAGCUUGUUAUCUUUGUUAAGGCACAUGAAUGAAGAACAAUUUAAUAUUUUACUUCAACCAUUGAUAUUAAUUCCUAUUAUACAAUACCUGGUAUUCAAAUGAUUAGAGAAUAUGAAACAUUCUUGAUAUCAUUGACUUCUCCCUUUGUUAGCAUGUUGACUGUGAUUUGCCAUAAUAAUAUUUUAUGUUAAUUUAAGUGCAUUUUGUGUCAUGCAUUAAUAUUUUGGGGAAGAAGGUGUUUAUUACUCUGAGUUAAUAAAUACAAGGAAUAUGAAAUAAAAUUAAAAAAUUGGCCUUUAUCUACACUCCCAUAUCUCUCCUCACUCACACCUUCCUGUCCAUCUUGAUAAGGAAAAAUGAUGUAUUUUGAAGAAAAGUGAUUAGGCUUCGCCCACCGACAACCGAUUUUUUUAGAGGUUGGGAAGGGGGGGGGGGGUUAGAAGAUGUGUUUAACUGAAUACCCCUAAAAUAAAACACCAAUUUUUCGAGAUAUAUUUAAUAUUCAUGUUCAUAUUGUAUGAACUGCCAGUUUAUUGGUGACCUUUAUUUUGAACGCUAUGUAUUCCGAGAAUUGGUGUUUGAUGUGCAUUACUUACAAUUAAAUAAAAAAAUGUUUGUCGCUGUCAUCUCUGUUUGUAUUAUGUAAAUUCUGUCGUAUUUCGUUGAGAAUGAGAUUAUUAUUAGUCAUUAUUUAUUAUUUAAACAUUGACAUGAAGAAAUGUAUUUUUUACGCUAAAUUGCCCUUAUUGUGAUAUUUUAGUUAUAUUUCAGAUAAUACAUUAUUAAUGAUCCGAGACGAUUUUUCACAUUAUUGUAAACCUUGUAUGAUGAAGAUGUUCUAAUAAAUGUUGAAUACUAUC